AUGGAGGCAGCGGUGGCCGAGGCCGGUAAGUCACGUGACUUACUUGUGUUUGGUGCCACUGGCAUCGAGUGGUUGGCAUGGGCCGGCAACGGAUCGUUUGCGCCGCCUGCCGCCAUCGUCCCGCCAUCGCCGCCGCCCGCCACGCCCAUUGUCGACGCAGAGACGCUCGAUGUGGACGGCGACGGCGACGAUGACGUCAUCUACGCCACGCAGAGCCAUGUCUUCCUCGUCAUCAACUCGGCCGGCGGGAGCUCGUGGAGUGCUCCGAGUGUGGUAUUUGUCCCGGUACUCCCCGCGACAGGAAAUCUUGUCAAGUUGGCCGUGACAGAUGUCGAUCAUGAUGGACGUCAUGACCUUGUUAUCGCCACCGCCCGUCACCUCUACCUCGCGUACAACAACGCGUCAACUGGCUCGUUCUCCCUCUCGCUCGUCGCUGACUCGGGCGACGGCAUCAUCGCUCUCGACGUCGUCGAUUGGGACAGAGUCGGCGCGCCGGACGCCGUUUUUGCCACAAGCGACCUCGUUGCGGUCGUCACAGACCUCGCUCCCGGCCGCAGCGCCCGCUCGCUGGCAAACGCCACGGUCGUCGCACCGCCCAAUGUCAUUAGUAGUGUCAUCAACGCCAUGGUCGUCGCCGACUUUACCGGUGACGGCAUGCUCGACGUCGCCGUCUGUGGCAACACCCCAACUGCCGGAUACAUCGUCGUCUUCGCCGCCGCCGCCCCCUCGCCGCAACUAUUCAACACGCUCACGCCUCUCGGCACGGACGUUGCCUUUGUGGCCGCCCACGCCUCGUCGGCCACCUACCUCGACCUGGUCCUCCUCGACGUGCAAGCCAGCACCGUCAAGGUCCUCCGCGGCAAGCCGCCUGUCGACGGCGCGCCGGCCUUUGAACUCGCCCCGCCCAUCGUCUCUGUCGCGUCGUCAUCGCCGUCGUCGGUGCUGGUGGCCGAUGUUGACGACGAUGGCGUGGCCGACGUCAUCGUGACCACAGCCUCUACCGUCGAGUAUACCUCGGGCAUUGCCCUCCGCGGCUCGUGGAGCACCGGUGUCACCGUCGUCGCCUCCCCCGCUGGCACCUUUCCGCCCAAGGGCCUCACUCCGGCCAACUACGACAAUGACGGGCAUCCCGACCUGACCGCCAUCGCCGCCCCGGGCGUCUUUGCCGUCUACCGCUCGUACUUUGUCAGCGGCCAGCUCCUCUUCCACCCGGCGGACGCCGUGUUUACUCCCGGAAGCUCGAUGGGGCCCACGGUCUUUGCCACCGCCGACAUCAACGCCGACGGCCGGUCCGACUUUUUUGUGCCGAGCAACAAUGAGGGCGCAGUCCGGGCUGUCACCUCGCUGGUCUCCAUCCCGGGCACGAACUUGAUCUCCGCCUCGUACGCCCUGCCGCUUGUCGACGUCAACGGCAUCUCGGUUGUUGUCGGCGACUUUAGCGGCGACGGCAUCACCGACAUGGUCACCACCAUGACGGGCCCCCCGAGUCCCGCGCCCCGCGACCAUCUCGCCGUGGCCCAUGGCGUGUCGGGCGACUCCUUUGUCCUCACCUCGACCAUCGACGUCGCGGCGCUGCAUCCAAUCGCCGCCGUCUUUGCCGACGACGUCACCGCCGACGGCAUCACCGACCUCGUCGUCCUCAACAGCGGCUCCUAUUUCAUCCACCUCAUCGAAGGCCUCGGCAACGCCACCUUCCGCAGCGUCCUCAAGCCCAUGGUCAUCGGUACCGCCGUCAUCAGCAACGUUGUCGUUGUCGACGUCGACAACGACGGCGCCGCCGACGUCGUCUACUCCACCGACCGGCUCCACAUCUGCUUCUCCCGCAACGGCGGCGCGUACUUUGACAUUACGCCCGUCGAGGCAACGACCGGGGUCGCCGCCGCCGUCGUGGCAGACAUCUCCGGCAACGGCCUCGUCGACCUCGUCGCCGCUCUCGCCACCGAGGUCAUCACAGCGUACCAGCUCGCGCCGGGCGUCUUCCUCCCGUCCGUCACCGUCAGCUAUGCCUCGACCCACUCCCCGGUCAGCGCCACUCUGCUCGACGUCAGCGGCGACGGGGCGGCCGACCUGGUGUUCAGCAACACGGGCAAUGCCAUCCACGCGCUGGCGUGGCAACCCGGCGGCCUGGCGCCGGCCGCCGGCGUCACACUUGUCGCCGACUGCCUCUCCUUUACCAUCACCGAGUGCUUCAUCACGCCACUGACGCGCGUCUCACGCUGCACGCCGACGACCAUCCUCCUCCCGCCGGGCAAGUACACCGGCUGCCCGUCGACCCACAUCAGCGUGGAGGCCACGACGGUGACCUACGCACCGGCAGGUACGCCCGGCUCGGUCACCAUCGACUGCUCGGCCCACCCCGGCCCGCUCUUUGCCGUCUCGGGCGGCGGCUCGCUCACGCUCCGUGGCCUGGUCGUCCGCGGCCUGGCCUCGCCGCCCGGCGCAGGCGUCGACGUGUCCGUCCCCGGCGCACCGCUGCUCGCCAGCGGGAGCGCAAGCGAGCUCGUCCUCGUGGACACCUCCAUCGAGGAGACGUACUCGAACACCACCGGUGGCGCAGUGGCCGUCCUGGCCGGCGCCGCCGCCACCAUCACCGGCUCCAAUAUCACCUUGGCGUCGGCAAGAGGCUUUGGCGGCGCGGUGUAUGUGGCCAGCGGAGCGGAAGCGACCAUCACCGCCUCCCGCUUUGUCGCCUGCUCAUCGGGAAGCGACGGCGGGGCGGUCGCCGUCUCGGGCACCCUCACCAUGACCGACUCGGCCAUCUUCGGCUCGUCGGCAGACAAUACUGGCGGCGGCAUCGGCGUGCCGGUCGAACUCGCAUCCAUCGGCGCCGUCGUGGCUGUCAACGGCAGCACCAUCGCCAACUGCACGGCCGCCAGCGGCGGCGGCAUCGGAGCCAUCCUCACCGCUAUCACCGUCACCGACUCGACCAUCACCGGGUGCUCGGCUGAGGUGGCAGGCGGGGCCAUCUUCCAGCGGCUCUCCGGCAACGAGUUGCCACUGGUCAUCACUGGCUCGACGCUCAGCCGCAGCAGCGCCGGGUACAGCGGCGGGUGCGUGAUGUCGAUGACGACCACGGUCGUGACCGACUCCGUCUUUGACCGGUGCGUGACCGACGGGAGCGGCGGUGCCAUGAUGCUCAAGCCUGUGUCAGACGACGCCGUCGUCGACUCGGUCCUGGCCGGCGUGACCGUGACGGCGGCGUCGGCCGGUGGCGCAGGCGGCGCCAUCUUUAUCAGCGGGCAGGCAUUCGCAAGCGACGCCGGGCCAGCCGUUGCCGCCAUGGCCGCCGGGGUGUGGCGUCCGACGGCGCUGCCGCUGCCGCCGCCGUUGCUGAGCACGGUCCGCAUCCGCGAUGGGCUGGUCAUCGACGGCGCCGAGUCGGCCACCAUCGGCGGCGGCUUCUUUGUCUGCCAGCUUGACCUCAUCGACGAGAGCACGACGGCGCCGCCGGUGGUGACAGGCACGUCGGCGGUGCUGGCCGGCGGCGUCGGGUUCUUCUGCGACGGCAACGCGCUGCCGUCGGCCGUCGCCGGCGGUGGCGUGCUGGCAAGCGCCCUGGGCACGCUCACCGGCACGCCGUCAGCAGAGGCGCAGCCGUACGGCUCUGGAUGGGCCUCACCGCCGGUGGGCAUGGCGUGGGCCGAUGUCCCGCCGGCGGCGGUCGGCUCGGCCGUUCCGCUCGGCCGCGGCGUGGCCGUCCUCGUCGACGCCUUUGGCACGCCGUGCGUCGACUCGCGGGUCGAGCUCGAGCUCGCCCUCGUCGACGACACUGGCCUGCUCCUCCGCAACGACGCGGUGGUGGCGGCGAGCACGGCCGGGUACGACAUGUCGGCGGUGGGGGUGGCGCUCGACGGCGGGGCGCCGUUUGCAGGGCGGACGGCGGCGGUCGUCCUCAUCGGCCACCUCCCGCCGCUGCCCAUCCGCCCGCUGCUCCACGCUCCGCCUGCGGUCGACCUCGCCGUCGGCCUCUGCCCGCCCGGCUUUGGCUCGGCGUCGGCAGCGUCGGCGGUGCUGGUGUGCGAGCCGUGCCGGCCGGGCGAGACCAAGCCCGGGACGUCGACCGAGGCCUGCGCCCUCGUCCCGGCCUGCCCGGACCACAUGCUGCUGGCCGGCGGCUCGAACGGGUCAUGCGUGUGCGAGGCUGGCUUCUGGGCGCCACCGGGCAAGCCGGCUGCUGCCGGCUGCAGCCCGUGCCCGCCCGGCGGCCGCUGCGCCUCGGGCCUGGCCGCCCCGCUCCCGGCCGCCGGCUUCUACCCGCACCCGUCCGCCGUCCACGUCUUUCUCCGCUGCCGCCGCCCGCGCGCCUGCCCCGGCGGCUCGGCCACCGUCCCGUGCGCGCCCACCGCCUCGGGCUUUCUCUGCAACACCUGCGCGCCCGCCCACUACACCGCGCCCGACGGCGAGUGCGCCCGCUGCCCGCCGUGGGCGCCAGCUCUCCCACUGAUCGUGGUCGUUGCGCUGCUGGCCGCCGCCGCUGCGACAGGCGCCGUGGUCGCCAGGCGCGAGGUCCCGGCCACGGCGGUCGGCGCCGUAGUGGUCGGCGUGCAAGCGGUGGCGCUGUUGGCGCGGGCGCGGCUAGCGUGGCCGACGGGCGCGCAGACGAUGCUGACGGCGCUGGCGGCGGCGGGCAACAGCGACCUGAUUGGCCUUGCCUGGCAGUGCGUGGUUGGCGGCGCCUCGCCGGGCUACCUUGUCUCGCUGAUGGCGGUCCCGCUGGUGGUAGCGAGCGGGGCUGUGGCGGGCGGCGCAGCAGCCGGGUACGCUGCUGGCACUGGCGCAGCCGCUGGCGGGCGCCGAGUGGCUGGCGCCGUCGCGCCUGCCCUCCUCAUCCCACUCCUCCGCCAGGCGGCCGCCGUCUUUGUCUGUCUCCCACUCGCCGACGGCAGCCACGUGGUGGCGGACGAGCCCGGCGUGGCGUGCUUCACCGCCGGCUGGACCGCCGCCGCCGUCUUUGCCGCCAUCGUCACCGCUCCCGCCCUUGCCUACGUCGUCGUCGCCGGUCGGCUGGCAGCCGCGGUGGCGGCUUGCGGAAGCGGGCAGGCAAGCGAGCUGGCACGCCGGCAGGCGGCGGCGUUCCGGCGGGCGUAUGUGGUGCGGGCGGUGGUGGGCGGGCUGACGGCACGGAUGGUCCUCGCGAUCGGCGUCGCCGCCCUCGCCGUCCACCCGCUGGCCAUGCUCAGCGUGGUGGGCGGAGUGGUCUUUGCCGGCGGGCUCUGUCUCGCCGCAGUGCGCCCGCUCUACGUUCCGCGGCACAACGCAAUAGCGCUUCGGGUGGCGCUCGUUGUGCUUGUGGCGGUUCUGCUGGGAGCAGCGGCGUACGCCGAGCGGGCGUCAAAGGCGUCGGACGGCGUGCUCACGGUCGCCGUCGCCGUGCUUGUGGCUGGCCUCGUCAGCCUUGCUGGCCACGGGCUGUACCUCGACUUUGUCCGCACCGCGCCACCGCCGGCGACAGAGCGGCAGAAGACGCUCAUCGCCCUUGUCUCCACCGAGCUCAAGGACGUCGAGGCCGACGCCGAUCUGCUCCGCGCCGCCGGCGCCUUUCUCGCUGCCUUUGACGACAAGGGCAGCCGGACGUAG